CAGAUUUUCUGGCGGUCAAUACAACAAACGUGAUGGCUGUCAAAAAAUUCAAUAAAUUUCUUAUAACAUGAUGUAUUUAUGUGCCUAGUUCAUAUAUAAUGAAUCCUUCGAAAAAUUUUAAGGUGCAGUUGUAUGAAACAGAUUGUAAAAUAUUGAUAAAAAGUGUCACAAAAUUUGAGGAAUCAGAAGAAAAUUUUAAUUUGUGUCUUGAUUAUACUUUAUCCAACUUACUGUAUCACUCCUAUCAAGACGUUGAUAGUCAUAAAGUAAACCGUAUUGUUUCAGGGUUGCAUGAAAAAUUUCUAAUUCAGUCCGAUCUUGAAAAAGCAAAUACUUUCAAGGCAGUUUCAGAGAAAUUAUUGAAGACAGUAGAUAGCCAUUAUGGUGCACAGAAAGAAAAUGGAUACAGAAUUUUAGCUCUGUUACUAUGGCUUGCAGAAGCAAAAUCCUGUCCUAGUACAGAGGUAACUACACAACAUUCUGAUAAUGUGAUAAAGGAAGACUUUGAUUGGGCUGAAUAUCUUAAAGAAGGUGAAGAAGUAUACAAUUAUUUUUCAGACAGUAGCUCUGAGAUAAGUAUCUCUGAUACAGAAUCGGAAGAAGAUGUCGUGCAUGACUUACUGCCAUUGCCUCCAAGAGAUGAUUCAGGACUUGGAAUCAGUCCUGAUAGCUGUUCUGGAUCCUCUCAGCAGCAGUUUAAUGACAACCAUUUUCCUGUUCCCAUAAGCCAAGAUACCCAAUCGGAAGAUUUUCCUGUGCCAGUAUACCAAAAUUCUUUUUAUCCCUAUUGGAUUCCAAAGUAUCAACAGACAUAUUCUGUGACUAAAUAUAACUUAAAAACUGUAAAUUUUACUAAAAUAUGGGAGGAAUCUUUAUUGAAUCAGUUUGGUGCGAUUGAGAAGAAGACUAUUCUUCACGAACGAAAUGUGAUAAAAGAAGUUUUAUGGAUUCUUCAUGGUAUUAAGAAUUCUUUUCUGUUUCAAUGGGAUAAUUCUGAAUUUAAAGUGAAUUCAAAUAUCCAUCUUUGCAAUCUGACUUCUUAUACAUUGACUGUACUUAUGAGAGAGUUUUGUGAGUAUGGUACUAAAGUUGUAUUCUUGCAAAAGUUUGUGGAAAAUGUCCUUGUGGAUGGCUCGAGUCUCUCAAAAUGCCUUACUUUUCAGACAUUUGCCGCUGCAUUGCAGACACAGUUAAGAAGUAUAUCAAGUUCCCUAUGUAAGAUUGAGAAAUCUCUGAGAAAGAAAAAUGAGACUUUUACAAUAUUAAAUUUAAAAGAAAAACUAAAAAUCAUUUUGAAAGACAUCGACACUCUUUAUUUCAUGCAUCAAGAAAUGUUGGCUGUUGUAUCAAACAUGGUUGAUCCUGUUGAAAGAGCAUGCUCUUUAUUGCAGUUUUUAUGGUCAUAUCUUUCUCGUCAGAUUUUGAAAGAACCCAACUCAUCAGCGGUGAAGAUAACUUUAAGGGUAUUUUUGAAAACUUGUAAGCCUCUUUUCACAUUUUUGGAAAAGCUGAUUGUUUUUGAUACUUUUGAAGAUCCUUGUGAAGAAUUUUUCUUUAUUAGACAAGAUGUCAAUGUCACAGAUGAAACCUUCUGGGAGCAUUCGCUCAUUUUAAAGAAAUUGCCCACUCAAGUUGAGAAAGAUUUUUUUCUAAAACCAUUUUUAAAUGACUUUCUGAUUACUGGAAAAUCUGUUCAGAUAUUGAAUAAAAUCAACUUCUUAUUGAAAGCUACAUCUCCCCAGAAAAAUAUUCAUGGUGAAUUAUAUUUAAAGUUUAUAAGAAUAAUUCAGAAGUUGGUCUGUAAAAAAGGAGUUGAAGAAGCUGCUCCAAACAUACAAGAAGAAGAAAGUAGAAUUGAGGAUCCCCUAUUAAAGCAAAAAAUUUUUGCUUUAGAAGGAAGUAGACGCAAUUUUUUUUGUCCAGAUACAAAUCCUAUGUAUUUGCCAGCUGCAAAGAGGAAACCAGUGGAGUUGUUUUCAAAGAAUCAAAUUGAAACACUGGGGAUUAUUGAAAAUUUGGAGCCAAAUGUUCCUAGAAUCUUGAAAAGGAAUAUAUUGAAAUCCAUUGAAAUCUGCAUGAACUAUGCCUGUUUCCCCAUAUGUGGAAGGCUCAUGAAUUUAUUGAAAGAGAAGUAUCACAUUAUGACCCAUAUUCUCAAUAUGCGGAAAUAUUUUCUUAUGGAAUCUGGAGAUUUAAUGUUUAGCUUCUAUUCUACAGUUUUUGAAAAAAUUUUCUACAAUGAGUCUUGGCAGGACAUUUCCUUUUUGUAUAGUGCUUUGCAAAAUGCCAUUUCAGAGAGCAAGGAGUGUUGCGAAAAUUUGGGCAUAUAUUUGGACAGUCAAAAUUCAGAAGUUAAAAUCAAAAAGCCUCUAAGUUUCCUGAAUUCACUUCAGUUAUUUUAUGAAGUAGAGUGGCCAAUCAGUAUUAUAUUAGGAACACAAGUACAGACUCAAUACAGUGAAAUAUUUUCAUUUUUGUUGCAAAUUAAAUGUGCCAAGUAUCUUUUAGAUAAAUUAUAUUCAAUAAGAUUAGAUGCAAGUGGAACUGCUGUGAAUGAAAUAGUUAAAGCAAUAUCAAGACAUGAAUAUCCAAAGCAGCAGAAAACUCAUGGCAUGUACAUAAUGCGAAUGAGAUUGCUUUUUUUUGUCAAUGGAUUACACAACUACAUCAUGAGCAGGAUUCAUAACAGUUUUGAUGUGGAAUUCAGCAAGGAACUUCAAAAUUCUAGAACUAUUGAUGACGUGAUUGUGGUCCACAAUGCAUACCUAAAAUCCCUUCACGAAAAGUGUCUGCUGGACAAACGUCUGCUACGUUUGAAGGAACAGAUAUGUGAUGUGCUGAAUCUGUGUUAUACUUUUCAACAACUUUGGCUGAAAGGAAUUGAUCGUGUUUGCUUGGAAGAUUUACAAAACAUUGAAGAAAAGUUCAGCAAAUAUUGCAAUUUCCUUUUCUGUGUGUUCAAUACAUCAUUGCGACGUGGAGUUUACAGUCACUUGGAAAAUUUGGUGAAUUUAAUGCUGUCGGAAACUCACACACUCCGUGUGUUUGAUAACGAGAAGGGUUUACCAGAAUAUACAGAAUUCCGAAAAUUACUGAACACAUAACGUAUGUAUUAUUUCUUUGUAAUAAAUCCAGUAUGUUGAUUCAACUCUUGUUUUUGUAAAUAAACAUUUGUUUUUGAC